AACCAAUAGAAAAUAAGGUUGUCGAUUAUGAUUAAGCUUGCCACCAAAAAAAUUGAAAAUCCUUAGCAGUUUAGAAUUCAAAAUAUAACCAAUAGAAUUUCUGUCUCAUAUAUUGGUUAUAUAACCCUCUUCUCCCUCCGAACAUCCAAUUGUCUUGCAUUUCUAGUUCUUUUUACAGUUUCUUCUACCUAUCUCCACCUCUUUCGUUUCCCAUAUGUAAGGCAUUUUUUUUUUUUCAACCUUUUCUCCCUUUCCUUUGUUUUCUUUCAUCUUUUAUUUUCUCAACUAAGAAUUUCUAUUAUUUGAUAUAUUAAUAGCUAGGUUUUUUUUUUAAUUUUUAAUUUUUGUAGGCUGUAUUUCUUAUUUUAAAUUUGAUUUAUACUUUUCAUUUUCUUUUAUUUCAACAACAUCAUAAUGUAUUUCAAUUUAGAUUCCUUUUCUUUUCUUUUCUUUCUUUCAUUUUUUUUUUUUUUGCAAAAUUGUUAUCUCAAAAUAAGAUGAUACAGUUAUUUUGGGUAGGGUUAACAAAGAAAAUAUUCUCAUGGUAAAAGCUAUUCUAAGGUGGUUUGAGUUGAUGUCAGGGUUGAGGAUUAAUUUUAGCAAGAGUAGUGUGUAUGGGUUUAAUAUGUCGGACAGAUGGGUGAGAGGAGUAGCAGGUGUUUUGCAUUGUGGUGUAGGGAAGACACAUUUUAUUUCCUUAGAAAUGCCAAUUGGAGGAAAUCCAAGGUGUAAAAAGUUUUGGGUUUCGGUUGUUAGUAAGUUUUGUGAGAAGCUUGCCAUUUGGAAGUCUGCCUUACUAUCCUUCGGGGGUCAUCUCAUGCUGCUAAACUCGGAAUUUUUUGUGGGGAGGAUCAGGGGAGAAAAGGAAGAUCUUGUGGGUAAAAUGGGAGGCUAUUUGCUGGAGAGAAUGGGACAUGGGAAAGGAGAAUGUUGGCAAUGGGGCAUAGAGUGGCGGAGAGGGAGGAUGGGUCGUGAAAAGGAUGAGGAGAAAGGGUUGUGGGAAGUGUUGGGGAGUGUACAGCUAAGGAAAGGUUUGGCAGAUUCAUGGCAGUGGAGGAGCAAUGGGGAUUUUAGAAAGCAAUUAUUGGAGUUAAUUCAAGUGAAGUCUUAUUUCUGGAUCAAAAAUAAGGUGAAUGGGUGUGUUUUCCCAUUAGCUCAGUGGCAAAGUAAUCCCAAGGAAUGUGCAAUGGAGCUAAAGUGUUACAAGAGAUCUCUCAAACUGUUUACUAAGCAUCAGAAGCAACAUCCUUCCAAAUAGUUUUCUCGGAAGUAUGGAUUUCUUAGAUGGGUAAAUUGGGUGGUUGUUUCUUCAGUGUUUUUUGGGUUGUCAUCAUGUUAUGUACAUAAACUUCUUUUCUGAAUUUAUUUGUUGGGAGUAUAAGCAUUUUAUUCUCUCUGUAGAAGGGCAAGAGUACCCCUUGUGCUCCAUUUAAUAAAAUAUUUUUGUUUUG